GUAUCGGCACGCUAGGUCUCCACCGGGACUCAGGCAAAAAGCGGCCGUACUCUUGCCCUUGGUUUGCCGUAGUAGUGUGAAAGUAUCACAGACAUAGUGCUUGUGACGCUCUGCCCAGUUGUGCGCGCAUUCAAGGACUCCCAGACCCACAGCACAGGGCGCCAUUGCGAGCAGCCGCACGAUAUGACGCGUACCAAUCCGCGCCAGCCCCUCUGGCAGCGCGUCAAAGAGGAGGCCGACUACAAGACGCUGGGCAGCGCCCACGACCGACAGAAGCUAUCAACUCUCGCGGACGGAGCUAGAUGGGAGCACGGCGCCGACGCUGCAAAAUUAUCAACCUACGCGGCGCGGCACGCGGCGGCGCAGCCGGCCUACGACGCCGCCGCCGCGCGCUACGCCGCGGACGACGGCGACGACGACGACCGCUUCGCCGAGCUGCCCCGCAUCGCCAAGGACGUGCCGCGGACCUUCGGCGGCGUCGACGCGCCCUGCGCGGCCGCGGCGCGGGCGCAGGCGUCUCCAGCAAUGCCGGGCUGGGCGUUAAGGUUGAUAGGCAUGGCGCCGACGGUGGAAGAGGACGACGACGGCGACGACAAGGAGCUGUAUGAUAGGCGGCGCGCGGAGCGCCUCGCGCGGCUGCUGAACAUUGGGAAUGAGCAGCUACCGUACGCCCAGGGCAUGAACUUCGUGGCGGCUUCUAUACUAUCCGAGUGCGAGCGCGGCGGCGGCGCCGACGAGGCCCUGGCGUUCGGCCUGUACUGCUACGCGCUGCGCGACCUGGGCUGCGAGAAGCUUUAUGGGAGGCGCCUGCCCGCGGCGCUGGCUGCGCUAGACUUGAGUUUAAGAAGGCACGCGCCCGCGCUGCACGCGCACCUGUCGAGCUGCGGCUUCGACCCCCAGCUCUACGCCGUCGAGUGGCUCUCGGCGCUCUUCGUCGUGAGCGUGCCGCGGACGCUGUCGCUGGCCGUCCUGGAUCUGCUGUUCGCGGGACUCGAGGACGCGCCUAUUAGGGUGGCGGUAGCGAUUCUGCGCCAGGCGGAGAAGCCGCUGCUGCGCCUGAAGACGCUGGACGACCUCGUGGCCGGGUUCAAGCCCGCCGUGCGCGCCGUGCGGCCGAAGCUUGUAUUGAUAGACGUGCUGCGCGUGGCGAACCGCGUGCCGCUGCUAGCGUCGCCCGCGUCGCCGAAGAGCGCGCGCAGUAACGCCGUCGAGACGCCCUUCGGGGAAGGAAUCGUGACGGGCGUCGCAGCCCAGGGCCGCGUCGCCGUGGCGUUGACCUGGGGCGGCCGCGCCGAGCUCGAGCGCCGCCUCGUGACGAGCGCGCCGCCGCCGCCGCCUCCCGACUCGUCGCCAUCCAUACCGACGGCGCGCUGGACGGGGUCCUCGCCCGACGUCAAUUGGUUCCGCGCGCGCGCGGAUUUUGCGGAUUACUGAUCCCCCCUAUACGCCAUCGACGCGAUCCAAGCAGGACAUCUGGCGGCCGUUGGGCUCGAACGACGGUGUUGAUCUCGCGACGAGGCCUAUUUUUGUAAGUGUUGUUAAAAAU